AUGGCGAAAAGAGCACUGAUUUUAUUCCCACCCGGGGCCGAAGAAACAGCACCGGUGAUUGUUUUCAGCGUUUUGACAAUGGGAAAAGUGGACGCUAAGAUCUGCAGCCUUUGCGGCAAGGAUCCCAUAAGAGGCGCACAAGGCGUAAGGAUACUACCAGACAUAGACCUCAAAGAAGCCCGAGAAUGCGGUCCGUUGGCGUUACUGGCCCACGAAGUACUUUUUGGUAAAUCCCUGACGGGAUAUCCCACCGCGAAAACGGAAUUGGCUACGAAAUACACUUACAAGGAAUGCCCAGUAAUUAUUGACGAAACUUUAGUUACGAGCAAAGGGCCCGGGACCGCGUUUUUGUUCGCCAAAACCCUUCUGGAACUGCUGACGGACAAGAAGACUGCUUGCGAGGUUGCACAAGCCAUGCUUAUCGAAGAGAAAUAA